CAUUCAUCGACCAUGAGCGGCAACGCGACCAUCGUGCCCGUGAUCCACCUCGAGUUCCACUACAAGCAGUUCGACACCUUCCUCGCCGUCGGCUAUGCGAUCGCAACGCUGCUUGCGUUCUGGGUGCUCUGCUGCCACAUGAGCGGGUCGGCGCGAGACCCGGGCACGACGGGCUUCUUCACGCUCAUGUCGCUCGCCGCGCUCGUGCGCUCCGUGUGGUAUGCAACACCCUACAGCGUGCACGUCUCGGGCUACGUGCCGCAGCGCGUCUACAUCUUCGACGACGGCUGGUACAUGCUCUUCAUCUCCGAGAUCGCCGAGAUGGCCGGCACGUACAUCUUGUACGCGGUCUUCAUCCUCAUGGUGGUCUUCUGGGCCGACAUCCUGCAUGGGGCGUUUGAUCGGCAGGACGCGCCGACGUACCCCAUGCGCGUGUUUGCGACGCUCUGCUUUCUCCUCGGCAUCGCAGUCUCGACGGGCUUUGCGCUCUUUGGCUGCAACCGGAUCGACUCGCUCUGGCUGCUCAUGUACAACGACAUCGUCGUCGUCGUGCUCUCGCUCGUGACGUUUGUGUUUGUUGCGAUCUUCGCCUGCCGCAUGCGCACGGUACUCAUCGCGAUCCUCGAGGUGAGCCAGGUUGAGACGACCGCGCGCAUCCAAACGGUCACGCGCACGGGCUUCAUCUGCUGCCUCUUCCUGCUUUUGAAUGCGUGCUUUGCGCUCGUGAUGACGUACCACAUGUACGAGCUCCAGUUCGAUGCGUCGAUCCCGACAGGUUCGACGCAGUGGUUCCUCUUCAUCAUGGCCAAGCACCUCAUGGAGAUCUUCGUGCUCUACUUCCUCCUCUGGACGCUCUGGAGCACGUCGCCGCCGGACGAGCCGCACAUGUCGGGCAAGUCCCAAGCCGACCGCCGCCAGUACGAGAAGAUCCCAGAGCUCGAAGACCAGGCGCAAAAGACGCUCUCGACGACGACCAACGGAUCCGGCCGGCAUUACCACGAGAAUUGUUAGCCCAAGAUUCCGUAAAUGCGCGUGUGAUUGGCUCCUCUGUGUGGGACAUGUACGAAAGCCACCAAUCAGAC